AGCUCAUUCGCGACAGCGGCGCUGUGGUCGAAGUGUGUCAAUGCGAGUCUGUGGUUCUGUGAGAAACUGACACGAAAAUUACAGGAAUAUUUUGUCAAUCUAGCCGGACAGGACAGACAUUUGUGCUGUUUGACAGGAACAUUUGUCCGGGUUGUCAGGUAGCUUUUUUCUGCAUCUGCAUUCUGAAGAUACGAUGAGCUCCUUGGUCUUUGUUUUAUUUCUUCAAACCUGUCUGAGGAGUGAUGAUGUCUGAGGACUCUGAUUCCAAACCGUACCUGUUCUCCUCUUUGGCCGGAGGGCAGGACGAGGCAGCCGGCUGCAGUUCCAUGGCUGCGCUGCAUCGUAUGGGCAGCUAUGCAGAGGGGGCGGAGCUUGGCCUGGCAUCGGAGGGCAGCGAUAGCAGCCAGGAUCCACCUGCCUCGCCGCGCAACGCCCGGAAGAUGGGGCAUUCCCUGCACGAGGACGUGGAGAUGAAGAGCAGCGGGUCCAGCGGGAGUGGAACGGAAUCUCAUGGUAAUGAUUCCCAUGGUAAUGAUUCGCAUGGAAACGAAUCCCACGGCAAUGAGUCUACUGGGAGUUCCAAUGGCCGGAGCAAAGACUCGGCGCUGAUGGAGUCAUCGGGCAGUAAUAAAAGCUCCAACUCUCACAGUCCUUCACCACCCAGCAGCUCGAAUGGAUUCAGUCUCCUGAGUGCAAGCUCAGAGCAAGAUAACCCAUCUACCAGCGGCUGCAGUAGUGAAGAAUCCGCCAAGGCCAAGACGCAGAAAGAGUUGAUCAAAACCCUGAAGGAACUGAAGCUUCAUUUGCCUCCAGAGAAGCGGAACAAGGGCAGCAAGUCCACCACGCUGAACACCCUGAAAUACGCCCUGCGCUGCGUCAGACAAGUGGAGGCAAAUGAAGAAUAUUAUCAGCUGCUUAUGAUUAAUGACAGUCAACCGUCCGGCCUUGACGUUUCUUCAUAUACCAUAGAGGAGAUAGACAGCAUCACUUCUGAAUAUACCCUUAAAAACACAGAUAUCUUCGCAGUCGCUGUGUCUCUCAUCACCGGAAAGAUCGUCUACAUUUCAGACCAGGCGGCCUCCAUCUUGAAUUGUAAACGGGAUGCAUUCAAGAACGCUAAAUUUGUGGAGUUUCUUACGCCGCAGGAUGUUAGCGUGUUUUACAGCUUUACUACACCAUACAGACUGCCGUCCUGGAGCAUGUGUACCGGCGCAGAAUCAUCACCGUCAGAUUGCAUGCAGGAGAAAUCUUUCUUCUGUCGGAUCAGCGGAGGGAAGGAGUGUGCGGGAGAUCUUCAGUAUUUACCGUUUCGAAUGACUCCAUACCUGAUGAAAGUGCAGGACACUGAACACUCAGAAGAUCAGUUCUGCUGCCUCCUGCUGGCCGAGAGAGUGCACUCCGGCUAUGAAGCUCCUAGAAUCCCGACAGACAAACGGAUUUUCACCACGACACACACACCCAGCUGUGUGUUUCAGGAUGUGGAUGAGAAGGCUGUUCCGUUGCUAGGAUACCUACCGCAGGAUUUGAUUGGCACACCUGUCCUACUGCACCUGCAUCCUAGUGAUCGACCAAUCAUGCUUGGUAUUCACAGAAAAAUCCUGCAGUAUGCCGGCCAACCGUUCGAUCACUCCAUCCGCUUCUGCGCUCGUAAUGGAGAAUACAUCACCAUUGAUACCAGCUGGUCCAGCUUCGUCAAUCCCUGGAGCCGCAAAGUUUCCUUUGUCAUCGGCCGGCACAAAGUUCGCAUGGGUCCGGUGAACGAAGAUGUGUUUGCAGCUCCGGCCGUGGCUGAGGGGAAAACUCUGGAUUCGGAUAUUCAGGAAAUCACAGAGCAAAUUCACCGACUCCUCUUGCAGCCGGUGCACAACAACGGCUCGAGUGGUUAUGGAAGUCUUGGCAGUAACGAUCACCUGCUGAGCCUGCCGUCAUCGAGCGAGAGUAAUGGACCACGUCAACGCCAAGAGGAAGAAGACGGGAGCCACGUCAAACCGAGGAGCUUUCAGGAGAUAUGCAAAGGCAUUCACAUGCAAAAGAGCCAGGAGUCGAAGAAAAGCCCUACAAAGAGUCUUCAGAAAAGUCCAGCGGUUCGACCCAAAGACUCUGCGUACCCCGUCAACUGGAAAGAUCCCCCUGAGGACCAGCGAGGAGCGGUGCAAGAGGAGUUAGCCUUCAAAGAUCAAACCGUCUACUCCUAUCAGCAGAUUAGCUGUCUGGACAGCGUAAUAAGGUAUUUGGAGAGCUGUAACAUACCCAUCACAGUAAAGAGAAAGUGCCAGUCGUCUUCAAACACUACAUCUUCAGACGAGGACAAGCAGAGAGCCGCUGAGAACUCCAUUCAAGUAGCUGAAGAAUCAGGUCAUCUGAAGGGUCAGGUGGGUCUCUCAUCAUUAGAUGUGUCUAAGAAGACCCCUGGCUCUGGUGUCGUGAGCCCAUCUCUCGCCCCACUUCCACUGCCCAGUAAACCUGAAAGCGUGGUGUCCAUCACCAGCCAGUGCAGCUACAGCAGCACCAUUGUACAUGUGGGAGACAAAAAAGAGAUCAUAGAGGACGUCCCCAGCGCUGAAGGCACUGAAGCUCAGGUUCUUACCGUACCACCGGCCGCAGUCUCACCGCAAGGGAGAGAGGCUUACAAGAAACUGGGCCUAACCAAGCAGGUUCUGGCAGCACACACCCAGAAAGAAGAGCAGGCUUUCCUCAGCCGCUUCAGAGAGCUGCGCGGCGUGCACGCUUUUAAAGCAGACUGUUCCCUAUACCUGGAAAGGCAAAAGGGACAGGUGACAUCCGAGGCUGUUCCUGCUCCAGCACGCUUGUGUAAGCCGAGUGGAGGCGCACCAGAAACCACUGGAACUCGCAGAGGUCGCAACAAAAAGACUAAAUCCAAGCGCGUCAAGCCAAACGAGUCCUCCGAUAGCACUCCAUCUGGUCGUAGACCGGCACCCAGACCUCAGCUGCAGGGCCUCAACCAGACCUCCUGGUCUCCAUCAGACACGUCACAAUCCACGUACCCCAUCGCCUAUCCGGCUGUGAUGCCCGCGUACCCGCUUCAGGUGUACCCGGGGGCUGGUCCCAUGCCGCCCAGGGUGGAUGCUCCUAUGUCGGGUUUUGGGGACAGUCAGUGCAGCCAGGAUCCACGCAUUCCAAUGCAACCCAUCCAGACGCCAUACUCCGCUCCUCUGGUCACACCCAUGGUGGCCCUGGUGCUGCCCAACUACAUGUUUCCACAGAUGGGCGGUGCCCCGCGGCAGCCUUUCUACCCGAAGCAGGGAAGUUUCCCCGCCCAGCCUUCCUUUCCACAGCCCACUUUCGCUCCACAGGCGCCGUUUCCUCCUCAGUCCGCUUUUACUAUACAGACUCAAUUUACCCCUCAGAACCCUUUCACCCCACAGACUGCAUUUCAGCCACAACCGUUCGCUUUCACAUGUCCGGAUGAGCCCCCGAAACCCCCUGAACCUGACCUGAGGGAGGAGCAAUCGCGGAGCCCAACCCCUCAGUCCGUGGGCGGGGGCGGCCCACCCUCCCCACCUUUGUUUCAAUCACGGUGCAGUUCGCCAUUGCAGCUGAACCUUCUGCAGUUAGAGGAGACUCAACGCUGUGCUGAGAGACUGGAGAGCACAGCGCCCUCUAUUGUACCACAACAGAGCUACAGCAGUGUUGUUGAGAAAGCAUUGAGUGCAGCUGGAAAAGCUAAAAUUGACAAGGUUGUGCAACAGGAUGAAGGUUCGCCUGUCGACGGUCAACAUAGCGAUGCCUUUUCGUCUUCAAGUGACCUCCUGGACAUUCUCCCAGAGGACUCGCACUCUGGCACCGGUUCUGCCACCUCGGGUUCCAUGGGCUCCGGUUCUAACGGCCGCAGAACAUCCGCUAGUGGCGGCUCUGCCAGUGGAACCGGAAGCAGCAACAACAGCAGUAACUACUUUGGCAGCGUGGAUUCUUCGCAGAAAUCCCAUAAUGCCAAGGGGCAAGGAUCUGGUUCGGGAUCAGGGGCGCUGGACGGCAGCGAGAACCUGAUCAAGUAUGUACUGCAGGACCCACUGUGGCUGCUCAUGGCUAACGUGGAUGAAUCUGUUAUGAUGUCAUACCAGCUGCCGUCUCGUGACAUUCAGAAAGUUUUGCGAGAGGACAGAGAGAAGUUGAGACAGAUGCAGAAGAACCAGCCACGCUUCACAGAGGACCAGAAGAGAGAACUGGCAGAGGUUCAUCCCUGGAUGAGACGAGGCGGUCUGCCCAAAGCUAUUGAUGUCAAGGCAUGCGUCGGCUGCGAGGAGCUCUGCGAACCUCUGACAGAAGAAGAUCCACCAGAUCUGCACAUGGGAGAAACUGAAGCCAGUGAUGUCACUGCAUCCCAGACCAAAACCAAUGAGGAUCUAACAACAAAUGCUUGUCCGGGACCUGUCACUUAAGACUCAAAAUACCCACAUGAACAGACCUCGUCUGAUUGGACAGUGCACCGGUCCUGGACAGUGGACAGCGAGUACUCUGUGAAGUUUAGAGAUGAAAUGAGAAUAUUUUUCAACAGUAUCGGACUGGUUCAGUGACCAUAACUGUUCAGUGUUCAUUGGAAGAUUUUUCUGUUAAUGUGUAUAUAUAUACUGCUGAAUAACUUAUUUUCACCUGUACAGUUCCUUUUUCUAACAAAAUGUUUUAUAUGUUGUUUAUAGUUGUACUUUGAAGCAUCAAGACAAUAUUAAAGAUAUCUAGGUUAUAUUUCAACACUAGGUCACAUAUUCUGCUGUUUGCUAAUUGUUAGCUAUCUAAUAUCUAGCUUAUAAGCUAAAAUAUUAUUUAUUGAAAUAGGACCGAUCUAAAUAGCACAGACUAAAGGAGACUUAGUCGCAGGACUUUAGCACUUGCAGCUUGUUAAGCUUAUGUGAAAUGUAGCAUUAGGCUAAUUUAUCUCUAAAGUAUUUCAUGGAGUUGGGCUAAAGAAUUUAAGUGCAACUUUUGUUCUUAUUUAGGCCGACCUGUUUGUGUCAGAGCGAACCUGUGUGGCGGUCUCUUUCAUUGUAGCACAUCAGUGUUAAAUGUGUCCUCUUUAAUAAGCCCAGGGAUUGAAGGUCUAAUAACCCUGACAAGUCUCAAUCUUUAAAGUGUUCCCACCUAAACCUGUGAAAAACUGCCUAACCGCAAUUACCAAUGUUACUAAAGCACAAGAAACACCCUUAUUGUGCACAGAUAGAUAAGAGAUCUAAAAACAAAUACUACAUGAGAAACCGAUUUGGCUUUAUGGUGAGAAACAGGUACUAUUAUUAUGGAAAGUAUUUCAAAUGUGUAGCCCACAUUGUAAAUAAAUGUGUGCUUGCAUUAAGUGACUUUUGAAACAUUGUGUUACUUUGUGAUGCCCUGUUUGUUUAUUAAAGUCAAUUUUAAAUAAAGCCUAUUUUUUAUAAUUAA